UUUAUCUGUAUUUAAUUAUUUUAUACAUUACGAUAAUUUGGUCCAUGGAUGAAGGAUAUUGACCACAGGUAAUAUAAAAUUCAAAUCUAAAACCUGAACGCUAUGUCGUGCGCAGCGUCCAUCAGGAAGCGAAUGCGCAUGCGCCAUUGAAAGAGCACAGGCACGUUUAUGCAGCGUACUCUUUUUCUUCGACAUCAUAUACAUUUAACAUGUAUGAUGGUUCACACACUCAUACGUAUCUCUCUAUCUGUAUUUGAGAUGAGGUGGUAUCAAACAUCAUGUAGGAUGUAGUGGGGAUCAUGUAUAUACAAUCAAAUGACGAAAAACGUGGUCCAGCAGACGUGGAGGGAAAUAGACUUACUUAGUAACGUAUCGCGAAGCGGCAAAUACUUUUACUUCACGGCCCUUGUUCUGAUAUUUAAAACUGAAACAGUAUUCCUAUCAUAGCUUAUCUUGCUAGCGGAAAUUCAGAGUAUCAAAUUUAGAUUGUAUAAGCAAAAAUAUUUAUGGAAUAUAUUGUUAAAAUUUAUAAAAUAAACAAAAGUAAUCAUAACAAAUCUACUUUUCUUUUAAGUAUCAACUGCAAAGAUGGGUAUUAAUCCAAUGAAAUGGAAAACCAGAAACGUGUUGUAUACCAGCCUAGCACUUUUUAUUUUUUACAUAGUUUUUGUGUAUAAAAAGAAACACCAAGUAAUGUUCGAAGCUACAAUUCGCGACUCAAACCCUAUUCACGUAUGGGAAUUUGUUGCAGACUUUAGUAACAUGAAAAAAUUAAAUCCGACAAUAGAAGAUUUUAACGUUAUUGCGGAAAGUGGCAAUUAUGAUCAUUGGAAAUAUUCGGUUGAAUAUACAGAACAUUUGAGUCACAUACCAAUUAUUCGAAAUGUAGCGCAGGGACAUUACGCUAUACGUCAGGAUAAUAACGGUUAUUUGAUCACGUCAAAACAUCACACAUGUUUCUUUCCCAAAUUCGGAUGCUUGGAAUCGAUCUCACAAUUCAGAUUUGACCGAGACGGAUCGAAUGAUACAAAAUGCAUGGAAACUGUACAAUACGAAUGUCCAAUCGCAUUUUCACAGCUGUGUUACAAAGAAGUUAUGUAUCAACGAGAGGAAAUUAUGAAAAGAUUGGAAUUAGAAUUUUCUAAGAAUAAAGUUAAAAAUAAUUGAUGACAUAUAAUAAUUGUAACAUAUAACUUUGUUAUUUUUAUAAAUUGUACUCUAACUCAUAUUGUUAAUCUUGAUACAAUUGUUGUAA